AUUAAGCAAAGAAUAGCGACCGAUAACACUUAUAUUUUGAGUACGGCGGUCACACCAUUUAUCGGUCGUCUGUCGGCUGGCCGCCACAAUUUAUCAUCCAUAAACUGAAUAAACUGAAUAAACGAAAAAAUUUUCGCUUCCAAUGUAAAAGUUUAGAAAAAGACUGCAACAAAGCAAAUGGGAUUCGAUGCGUGUGCCGGACUUGAUUUGGCCGUUGCUAACGCCUGCGUUUAAGCUGAUCAUUGAUUUUUAUAGUGUCGGCCCUUUGCUACCGUUGUCGGUAAAUUAUUAAGUCUGAUUUUCGAGUCUGUGAGGCAAUGGAGACUGAUUACCAAAAUUACGUCGAGUCAUUGUCGGGAGUAUCCUCGGAUGACGAUGACAUCUCCACAGUGGAUAGCUCCGAUGAGGCUGAGGAGCCGACCAACUCGCACAGCCACCCAAUGCAGCCGCAAACGCGAACGCGAAACUUGAUGCAAAUGUUGUACGACAGAGAGCGAACAGGAUUUUUUUCAGGUCGAUCACAAGCGGGCCAGAAACAGAAGCUUCCAUAUGACCGGGUGCCAAAUAGAUUAAAAUUAUAUCUCAAGGACGUUUUGGCCAGCAAUGCGAUGGAGGGGCACAUCUUCAUGGGAUUGACUGCUUGUGGGCAGUAUAUGAUCAGUCAUCGGGUCGAGUGCAACGAUAAUACGUCCCUCAAUCAUUACUCCUUCAAUGUGGGUUACAAGUAUACGCUUUACUUUUGGCUGUUUCAACCGCACAAAAAACUACGUUACUUUUUCUCGCGUCGUCUGUUUGAUGAUCAUGUUGUCGAUAAUCUGAAAUCGGUUACCAUGACACAGUGGAAAAAUGCAGACAAGCAAAUAUUGGUUGUACAUGGUGCCGCUACAGAAGAGGGUGAAGAAUGCUAUAUAACAUAUGUUAAAGUUCCUAAGCUUGGUUGUUUGGAGUGCAAAAAGCUUUGCGAUGACGGUCCAUAUUCCUUUUACAACGCUCAUUGUAUCAAUUGCCAUUUGACUGUGCACACAAAGUAUUCCUCGACCGAAACGGAUCCUCGCUUCGAACCGACCAUCAAUCUUCUCUGCCCGGAGCGCAUUCUUAUUAUCUCGAAUGGAUUCAUGCACAUGCUGCGAAUUGAUGGAGACACGCCGGCCGUAUCCAGCAGCUCCUUGCCACAGCAAAACUAUAACCUGCACGGUACACAGCACAGCCAGACCCUUUUGCUGCCACGCACUCCACUGGCCAGUGAGGAGGAUCGCUGCUCUGUCCCGUUUACUGGCUCUGAGGCGGACAGUGAGCACAGCGUUGUAGCGCGAAUAAUUGCCGAUUUUAGUGAUAUUGAAACAGAGCAUACUCAACGCACUAAUAAUGCCAUCAACAACAACAUCAACGAAUUUCAACAGCGCUCCAAUACAGAAUCACACAGUGUCUGCAACGAGAAGAUAAUCUUCUCAUCUAACUGCAGCAAUGGCAUGGCUGCGUCCAGCAUGACACUGUCGGAAACCACCUUGCCAGUGGUAAUGCAAAAUGCCGUUGGCCCCAAUGAUUCCAGCCAAGCGCGUAAGCGUAAUCAGCGCAUUGUUACUAAGUCUUACCGCAACGGGAUCACAACUAUUGACAUGCAAAACACAUCGACUUCCAGCUCAAUGACAGAUAAAUCCAAUGCAUACGAGUUCUCUGAGGACAACGAAAAGUGUGAAAAGAUUUCGAUAUUUCGCAAGCGGCGGCUUGCUGACAAGAAGUACGAGUUUUCCGAGGAUAACUCUGAAAACAUUAUACCGUUCACUAAAAUACGCUCAGCAGGACGUACAACAUUCAGUCCUUCGGCUGCCAGUUCAACCGCUCAACGUAGUUUGCAUCGAUUCUCGCCUACAGCUCAUUUUUUCCACAAUUCUCCAUGUGCUUCGCCAUCGUCCUCGCCACAUCCGGCACACCCGGCACCGCCUGCGCAGACGCCGCCGCAUAUAGGAUUUCGUUCACCACCUUCCAGCUCGAAUCUGAUGCGUUCGCCCAGCCGCAAUGCAAAUGCAGCCACUGUGGCUGCUCAGAUAUACAAUCAAAAGUCGCCACCGCUGUCCCAGGCGACGCAACAGAUGCUCAGCUAUAAGCCUGUUGGACCUUUGGGUGCACUAUCGCCAUUGCAGGUAUCUAUGGCGAAGCGCUUCGACAUUGGCGGUUCCAUGUCACCCAACGCGGGUCUUUCAUUUUUAUCGCCGCGUCGCGAUGAGCAGCGCAUUGUCGAGAUGCCUGUACAAGGCGGCCUGAUGCCAGAGAAACCGGUGUGCACCAAGAAACUGCGACGUCGCUAUGUAGAUGAAGAUGAUGCCACUUCGGUGAUUACCAGUGAGGAAGACGACUGUAUCUCGCCGGGAUAUCACACAUCACUGCCAAUGGAGGUACACGGCUCGUGCUACUCGGAAAUGCAAAUGAUAUCACAGGCAUCAUAUCAGCGCCUGCGCUGCAGCAGCAUCAUUAUAACACAGCAUUCGUUUGACCUCGAGACGUUCACAUAUUAUGUCAUAAGCAUGAUCUGUCAAAAGCAUCAAAAGAUGUACAAUGUGUUCCACGACUGGGCCUAUGAGGUCAUCAAUGUGUGCCCGCUCAGCCAAACGAUCAGCGGCUUGCUAAUGGCACAAUUCUCGGCACGAGAUCAGAUGCCAACCAGUCCAACGAAUUGCAUGUAUUGCACCGGCCGCAUGGGAUGUAACUUCCACAAGGGGCAGUAUGAAUGUCGCAUUCUCUUCACAUGGAACAUGGAGAGUGGCCAAUGGCAAGUACUGGACUAUGGCGAGCUCAAGGAAAUACACGAGCUGUUUAGCCCCCUCAAGCGUCUAGGCAAAUCACGCCUGACCUUUGCACAGGUGGCCAAGCAGAUGGCGCGGGAGAUGUCUGCCAGUCUCAAUCGAUUACCUGAUUAUACUUGCAAUUUGCGAGUUCUCACAGCAGAUAUUAAGAAAUCGAAAACAUCCAUUUGCGAUUUGGACAAUAUGGUUGAGUUUUUUCUGAAGCGCACAAACAUCGAAAUGCUCUGAGCAUAUCUAAAGGGUUCCUAUGGCUACGGCAUAAAUUGCUGUUUCACAAUUUUGCCGUUACCCUCUCGUAACGUACAAGUGCUUCUAGUUCAGUUUCAAACACAAUAACGUGUGCUGUAUUUAGUUUUUAAAUUCAUUUAAUUUAUUUUAAUGCAACGAAACGCUUUUGCAAAAGGUUGAAAUGCGUCCUAAUUUUGACUGAAGUCGUUUAAGUAAACUAUAACUUCUAGCUAGUUUUUUGACAUCCAUACAAUAAUGCAUAUGUAUAUACUUAUAUACCUUAAAUAUUUCACACAAUACAUUCUAUUUAAAAAUUAGUUAGUUCAUACUACGAUUUAUCAGUGUGGUACUUGAAAAUUUGUUACCACUUAGUUAAAAAAUAAAAAAUAUACAAAUCUAAUGAAUUAUUUGAUGUAAAUUAAAACUUGAGUGAGUUACAUAUUAAAACGGUUAUAUGGCCAGUAAAUAAGUUCAUGACAACCCCGUUAUUUUUUAAUAUAAACUAUAUAUACAAUGUAUAUGCUUUCCGA